ACACAGCAGGUACUGGGAAGGCGUCGUCGCUGGAAGCGAUUGCUCACGCUGACGCUGUGCGGUUAGCGUCUGUGGUGAGGACUUCCCGGUGAUAUCGCCGCAGCAGUAAACAGAUAACGGCCUGUGUUGAGGCUGCGCGGUCAAAUGCGCAGCGCUAGCGCGUCAGUUGGGGCGCUGCCAGCGAGAACAGACCAACUCGCGCGGACGUACAGCUGCUCCUGCCGCUGCCAUGUUGCUGCAACCAGCGCCGUCCACAGCCGCCGCGGGCGACGGCGGCGCAGCGCCCGGCCAGCAGCCGCCGCGGCAGACGGACGUAGCGGACUAUGCUGCGCCGUCGCUGGCCACGACGGAGGGCCGCCUGCGGACCUUCAGGCACGGCGACUGGCCCGUCAGCUUCCUGACCGCCGAAGAGGUGGCGGCCGCCGGAUUCUACUUCCUGCGCCGCGGCGACGACGCGGUGAAGUGCUUCUACUGCGACGUCGUCAUCAACAAGUGGGAACCCAGCGACGACCCGUUGGCGGAGCACCGCAGGUGGUCUCCCCGCUGCCCGUUCCUCAGCUCGUCGCGACGCGGCUGCGCCGACGCCGUCUCCUACGACUCGUGCAGCCCGUUCGAGCGGCCAGCGGCGCUGCAGUCGCGGGCGCAGCCGAAGCCGACGCCGGUGCACGCGACGCGCCCCGCCUGGCCGCAGUACUGCACGCGCGGGGCGAGGCUGGCUUCGUUCAAGGACUGGCCGCCCGCCAUCCCCGUGAAGCCCGUGGCGCUCUGCGAGGCGGGCUUCUUCUACUCGGGCAGCGGCGACCGCACCAUCUGCUACUACUGUGGCAGGGGGCUGCGCGACUGGGAGGCCAGCGACGACCCCUGGGUGGAGCACGAGCUCUGGUUCCCCGGCUGCUGGCACGUGCUGCUGCACCGCGGCAACGACUUCGUAAACGAGAUCGCCCAGAAGAGGGACGCCUUGAUCGCCGCCAAAACGGACCCGCACCAAACUGCGACCGAAAUCUCCAAGUCGCAACCGCGACGGGAGACACCGGACAGCCGAGUCGAGGAGACGGAAAACGGUGCCACCGAAGAGAAGCGUCUCUGCAAGAUAUGCUUCGAAAAGGAAAUGGGCGUCGUAUUCCUGCCCUGUGGGCACAUCGUGGCCUGCGUCGACUGCGCCUUGUCAGUUGCUGAUUGUCCCGUCUGCCGCCAACCCUUCCAGAACACGGCCAGAGUCUACUUACCGUGAUGGACCCCGGUACGAGUAGAAAAAAGCACUGAGACCCGCGACAUCUGGGUCUCAGCUUACCACCCCGCCAGAUAUCGACCGAGAGUCGACUGCUGGCGUCUACACAUCGACUACUGUCUCGCAGUGGGUGGAACCGAAGCGUCUCGGAGAGGCCGAGUAUCUCCAGUAAGAACGGGAGCAACGAGACCUACAAUAUCGCGGUCUCAGUUUUCCGAUCAGCCAGAUAUCGACCUAGAGUCAACGGCUGGCGCCCACACAUUAAUUCCGUCUCACAGUGUGUGACAACGAGGCUGCUCCGAGGCGUCAACUGCUGCAAAGUAGAAGGGUCGGAGUGAAAACAUCUUCAGACACCUGUGGGUUGUUCUAUAAUCGUUUAUUUCUCACACUUAACACAUUUCGGACCAAAAUCAUUUUCAGCAGUUUUUGUGGAAAAUAAAUGUAAGAGAACCUACAUUAGCCUGGUUAUCUCAACUUACAAGAAGUUGUGAGCUGAUCAAAUGAGAAUAUGUCGUUCUGUUUCCGUUCAUCUUCUAGUUCCUCUCCUUGUGAAAGGUGUGACAUGCAGAACAGCAGGAGAAACCUAGCUUUUCAUUUCCGUUCUGUUUUCCCACAUAUGUAUAUAUAACUCAGAGCCCAUCCUUUGAUAACCACAUUUGUUGAAAAUAUACUAUGCCCAAACACUUCUUCAGUGUGAGAAAUAAAAGCUUAUAAUGCAGCCUCAUGUGGUGUCAUGCAAAUAUUUUGUAAUAGCUAGGAGGCACGAGCUUUACGAAAAUAAAAAGCAGCUUCUCUACAGUGAGAAGAAAGGUUUUUUAUUACACCUUUUGAUGCUGUAGAGCGCCAUCUACCGGCCUUCUAACAAUUUUAUUGCAGCCUGAUAGACAUCUUAAAAUGGCAAAGAUCUUUGAGAUUCUGUACAGCAUUUCGACUUGUAAUUAGAAACUAGCAAAUAUCGCCUUAUGAAAAUUGUGACAGGUACAAUCAGAAAAGAACCAUAGUUGUCUGGUGUCUAUUGAACUGCAGAUAUAAAGAUAAUGCUCCAAGGCUGUACAAUUUGUGCUGCAGAAAUUCACGCUUUUACAUUUUUAUACAUCUUUACAAUUCACAUUUAUAUGCAUUCUUCUUCUUCUUCAUCUUAUUUGAUGUUCCCCUUCCACUUGAUACCCUUAACUUCAUUGCCUUCAGGGAAUAUUUUUUAAAAAUUUGUUACAAGUUUCCUGUAGCCAUUUCCCCUAUGUAAUUCAAAAGAAAUACUGCGAUGCUACUUCUGAAGGACUGAUUUCCUUCUUUUUUUUUUUUACUUUUCCAGUCGUUAUCGAUCAUCCAAGCAGAAAAUGACCACAAACGCAGCUUAUAAACAUAGAAACAAAUCAAUAAAACUGUUUAAUUGCUGAAAACACUCUUCAUCUAAAACAUAAACUCUGUCCAUAGGCCUUAGCGGGCCCACUGGUACAGAGCAAGCAGCAUGUCACCCUCCCUAAUCGCGUCAUUGGAUGCAGUAUAGAGGGUCGUGGGGUCAGUACACUGCUUACUCGGACGCUGUCAGUUUUUGUGACCAGGAGCCACUACUACCCAGUCAAGUAACUCCUCAAUUGGCAUCACCAGGCUGAGAGCCCUUGUUUGAGUCCUUCCACCAAGGAAAAUCCCUGGCAUUACAGGGAAUCGAACCCGGGUUCUUUGCAUGGCAGUGGACCACACUGACUCCUCAAUCAUGGAGAUGGGCACAUGCAGUAUUGUCCCUACAAUCAUUAAUCUUGUCUGCAACUGCUUAGAGUUCCUGUCGUUACAGUUCCUAGCAUUCCUUACAUUAACAUAGCAGGUAGAGUUUACACUUCAUAAUUUACAGCAGAAGUAUCCAUGCCUUCUUAGGAUCUCACUGUUUUUUGACAGAUGAGAGCAAAGCAUUUUGUGCACUACUGAAACGAAAUGAUAUAUUCAGCAUCAGUCAAUAAUGAUCUUCUGCAGUGCAAAUUGUAAGCUUUGAGAAGCUAAAUUGAGUAUACUUCCAGUUACCUUAAUAACAAGAAACAUGUAGGUUCAUGUUUUUUAAGUUAUAUAUUGCUUUGGUGCUAGAUAAAAUAAAAUCAUAUUCAUAACUUGAAAUGCAAACAUAUCAAUAUUCUAAUAUAUUUUAUCAGGACAUGAAACAUCUUUCAGGAUAUUAAGCAUUGCUUCUUUGUAGGAAGACUGAUAAUUCAUUAAGAUUCUAUUGCAAUCAAUUUUAUCUGAACAUACAAGUAAAAAUCGAAGACCAAUUUGGAAUCUAACAGAUUACUGGUAAAGAUGCAAAAGUAAAUAAUAAAUCAACAGUAAAAAUUAUAUUUGUGUCUUAUUGGUCAUUUGAAUAUUGUACCUGAAAUGCAUUUAUUAAACAUAUUUUUACAUAAUUCUCAAAACUUUAGUUUGUCUUUUUAUUUCUAUUUAUUUGAUGAAAAAUGUGCUUUUAACAUUAGUUCCUAUAAGAGCAUGAUGUGUGCUAUACUAAAGUGCAUCUAGAAAAUUCUACAUUUGAGAUGAAUAUCACAAUGCUUUCUUCAUAGUAAUAUCAAAUUUUGCGAGUUAUUAAUCCAGUCAUAAAUUAUUUGAUAUAGAUGUCUAUACCUUUACAUUUGAAGUAGCGCUGAAACUUAUCUGAUGUGGGGUCUGAACAUAUAGUUGUUGCCUUUGGCGUGGUGAAUACAAAUUUCCUGUAACCAUAUUGCUUCGCUAUUAAACAUUAAUUUUUCAUUCACAAUUUCAUAUAAAUAAUUUUCUUGAGAUGAUGUCAGAUUGUCGUUGUGUUUCUUUGUAAAGAGAAACAUAUGAAUGAUCUUACUUGUAACACACCUGUUCAUGUAUAUAUGCAGCAUCUAUUUCAUUGAAUAUAUUGUUGCAGUAUCAAGUGUAUGGUGUCAGUACUCCACAGAAUGCAAGUAUAAUUUGCUGUUUGUGUGUACUCAACAGAAUGGAAAUAUAAUUUGCUAUCAAUAUGUGACAAAUGCUUUUCACAACAUAUUAGUAAUAUAAGAUAGGUUUGUUGGCUUUUGUCAAGUACAUAGUAACGUUACUGACAGUACUACACGACGCAGCUGGUUACCAGUAAAAACAGUGUCUGUAGUAUUUCAUUUUUUCUUGAAUAGUGUGUGCUGUCUAUUUUUAAGUCACAUAUAAAAUGGCCAAAACCACACAUAACUUUAAAUACUUCUAUAAUGACAAAUAGGUAAGUGAAAGGGUCUAUAAUAAUGGCGAUACUGUUAUAACUUUACAUGUAAGUACAAAAAAUAGUUAGUUAUUGGGUGUCUCGAUUUUUAUUUUCUUAUCAUUGUAGCAAACAUCAUACCUGUUAUUACUCUGAAGAAUGUAACAGUAAUUUCCUUUUGAAAAAUUUAGAAUUUUCUGAGUUUAUAGUUAAAGAAUACAUUAAAAUGUAUAACAGUUUUAUGUUAUAUUUUACGUUGAUAGUCACAUAACAGUGCAUCAAGAAAUGUAACACAUUUAGAUUUUCUCUUGCUUGUAAAAUAUUUUUACCUGUAUCAAAUAAAAUAAGCAAAUAUAUAUUUUUUUAACAAAAGAAAAGAAUUUGUAAUGCUUUAAUUCAACAAGCUCAGUUGCACAUAUGGUUUGAUAUUACCUUGCAAAAGUACUAAUUGAUGUUAUUUACAUUGGUUCAUGUAGGAGGUAUUCUGUAUUCGCUUUUAUUGCAACAAUAUACCAGUUUCUUUGUAUGUUUUAAACCUGCAAAAAAAAAAAACAUUUAUCUGCAUGAACUCUCAUAGUACCAGUUAUCCUUUCAAGUAGAAAAGGCACUUCGACAUAAACUUACAUUUGCAAAUUUCAGUUGAGCUUAAGUAGUAGCACCGAAUAAAGAAGAGAUCAGAUACAUGUGCCAUGUACUGAGGUACAUUCAGGUAGUUACAUGAUAGAUUAAUAUUCUUGGUAUAGAUCCAGUCCAGCUCACUGAAACAACUUGCUGCUUUAAACUGUACUGACUGAAGCGAAUUUAAAGUUCACUACAAUUUUCAAUUGAGGAACAGUAUGUCUUUGCAUUAGUUUUGAGUGAUUGGAAGUUAGUGCUGUAGUAAACUACAGUAUUCUGUACUAGUGUCUUGUGUAUUAAACAUAUUGACCUUAUACACAAACCUUCAAAAUCUGAGUAAAUUCUUAUUUUAUUAAUUAAUUAUCAAAAUAAACAAAUACAUUUGUAGAACAGCUGUCAAAUAUUCUGUACUAAAAUUUAUAAAGUUUUAUUUCAUAUUGUUUCCCUAUUUUCUUUCUGUGAGUUCAGAAUAUCUCUUCAGAAGUACUACAGUUACUUACAAGUAAAAAAAAAAUCUGUUGACAUUUCCUUAGAUUCAUAUUAUUUUCACUUUUCUGCAAGAUCAUACUUAGAUACUGGCCAACGGUAAGCAGAGACCGUUCAUUGAGAAGUGACAAACUCCAUGAAAUAUCGUUUCAUUGACCACUUACAUACUGUAGGUUUGUAAUCUCUGAUUGAAAACAUAAAUAAACUAUUUUACAAUAGUCCUAGAAUUUAUUGAAUCUGCAGCUAACUAUAGGUUACCAAGUGACAACUUAAAAUGGAAGAAAAUAAUGUAUAUUUAUUACUAGCCUUUUAUAAUUGUGAUGAUUUAAUUUGCACAUAAAUCACUGAAUGAUGAGGAA